AUGGAUGCUGCCACUACCAAGGAACUCUAUGCACUGUACCGUCAGCGGAGCCAGGCUCGGAAGAAGCUAGUGCGAAUCCAACGGACAAUAAUCACCAACGAUUCGCUCGGAUUAGCCCAACUGAACGUCCUCUCCAAGAGCCUUUCUGUAACGUACACCGAAUACAAUGACUUCCAUAGCAAGGUGCUGGCACUUGUGCCUGACGAUGCCAUCGAACAACAGGAGACCGAAUAUGAUGGUUUCGAGCAGCUGUAUUACGCCGUUUCCGAAGCCGUGGAGGAACUGCUUUUGGAGGCAAAAGAUAAAGCAGUAUCACACAGCGCACCCAACAACGAACCGAUGGUGGUCAUCAAACAGCAACCGCUGAGUGCGCCAAUUCCAACAUUUGACGGAAACUAUGCCGGGUGGCCGAAAUUUAAAGCAGUCUUCCAGGACCUGAUGGCCAAUUCGGGAGAUACAGAUGCCAUAAAACUGUAUCACCUCGAUAAGGCCCUUAUCGGAGAUGCAGCAGGUGUAUUGGACACAAAAAUCUUGAGCGAAGGAAACUACAAUGAAGCUUGGAACAUUUUGGAAGAUCGUUUCGAAAACAAACGUGUUCUGGUAGAAACCCACAUCCGUGGCCUGUUUUCGCUCCAAAAGAUGACGUCAGAAUCCUACAAGGAACUGAGAGCUCUAUUGUCCACAGUUACUCAUCACGUUGAAAGUCUGAAGUUCCUCCAGCAGCAGAUCAUUGGCGUGUCAGAACAUAUGAUCGUUUACCUGGUCGUUUCCGCGCUCGAUAGGGCUACCCGCAAGUCCUGGGAAGGGACACAAAGGAAGGGUGACCUUCCAAAGUAUGAUCAAACGAUCAGCUACCUGAAGUCCAGAUGCCAGAUACUAGAGAACUGUGAGACUGCAGAUCUAGCUACCAAACAAAACACGAAACCGAAGCCUUUCCAACCGUCGAAGAUGAACCCGCAAAGAAGCUAUGCAGCGUCGACCAAUCCUUUCGAAUCCACCAGCGUGUGCGAAAUCUGUGGCGGCUCCCACCUUAACUUCCAGUGCUCGACUUUGUCCGAUCUCUCUCCGGCCCAGAAAAAUGAGAAGAUUCGCGCGGCCGGAGUUUGUUUUAACUGCCUACGCAAAGGCCACCGAAUUAAGGAAUGCCCGUCCGAUAAAACGUGUCGGAAGUGUCAGGGCCGACACCACACGUUGCUUCACGACGAUGGAGUACCCACCCGAACACCCCCACCGAAUGUUUCCCUUCCAACAGAGACGAUGGUAGGCCCACAGGUCCCCGUUCCCGUCGUACCGACUCCUACCCCUGUGGAUGCACCCGUGUCUACAGCAUGUUCAUCAAAUUUCGCACAAACAACAAAAACUGUGCUGUUGUUGACCGCGGUGGUACAGGUCUUGGACCGCAACAAUGAGCCGCAUUUGUGCCGCGUCCUCUUGGACAGCGGCUCGCAAGUCAACUUCGUGACGGAAGAAAUGGCCAACCGCCUUGGCCUGACGAAGAAACCGGCUAACGUACCUAUCGUUGGCAUUAAUGCCUUGCGCUCCCUUGCCCGUGAGAAAAUGGUUGUCAAGAUCCGAUCCCGUGUAUCCUGCUUCCAUGCUAGCCUUGAGUGCCUGGUUACCCCAAGAGUGACCGGUGCGAUUCCGACAUCUAAGAUUGACACCACCAAUUGGAAGAUUCCAAACGGAAUAAUCCUCGCUGAUCCCAAUUUCCACACCCCCGACAAGGUAGACUUGCUCAUCGGUGGGGAACUGUUUUUCGACGUGCUGAAACCUGGACAACUAAGCCUGGACGAAGGCCUUCCGCAACUACGAGACACUCAUCUGGGUUGGAUCGUAGCUGGUUCUAUGGUCGAUCCACUUGUGUCGAACAUUUCACUCCAAUACACACAUACUGCCGUGGAAGACAUCGAACAAAGUAUGCAGAGGUUCUGGCAAAUUGAGGAGGUGCCAGAAGUCCCCAAGAGGUCAACCGAAGAAACCGAAUGCGAAGCUCAUUUCCUUGCUACCUACAAACGUGACGAAACUGGGAGGUUCAUCGUUGAAUUGCCAUUCAAAGCCAAUCUUCCCCAAUUGGAGAGUUGUCGUUCCCUAGCGUUGAAAAGAUUUAUGAUGCUGGAGAAGCGAUUUGCCCGCGAUCCUGUUUUGCAAGAGCAAUACGUCAGCUUUAUUCGAGAAUACGAAGCUCUUGGUCAUUGUUUCGAGAUCGACGAGUCCGCAGAUCCAGAGAACCAACAAACGUAUUAUUUGCCGCACCAUGCAGUGUUGCGUCCUUCCAGCUCGAGCACUAAAUGUCGAGUCGUGUUCGACGCAAGUGCCAAGUUAUCUCCAUUAGAUCUCUCCUUGAAUGACGUGCUGCAGAUCGGCCCGGUAGUGCAGAAUGACCUGUAUCAUAUUGCGCUACGUUUUCGAAAAUUUAAGGUCGCAUUUACCGGAGACAUAUCGAAAAUGUACCGGCAGGUUCUGGAGGCCCAGCCGGAUCGUCGUUUCCUCCGGAUCUUCUGGAGGGAACAUCCUUCGUUACCCCUACGAGUUCUCGAACUGUGUACCGUUACAUACGGUACGGCGUCGGCGCCAUAUCAAGCAACCAGGUGUUUGGUACAAUUAGUCGAAGAGGAAGGUGAGCACUUCCCUAUUGCUGCUCGUAUAGUGAAAGAGGAGACGUACAUGGACGAUGUACUAUCUGGUGCCGACUCUGUGGAAGACGCCAUCGAGGCCCAGCAACAACUGAAACACCUGCUCGGACGAGGAGGUUUUCCCAUACAUAAGUGGUGCUCAAAUUCUGAUGAAUUCCUUGAGCACAUCCCUGUGGAAGACCAAGAAAAGAAGGUUGCGUUAGAGGAACAUGGAACAAAUGAAGCCAUCAAGGUGUUGGGUUUACUCUGGAAUCCAUCUGAAGACUCAAUGCUUAUCGCCUAUCGUCCGAAAUCAUCAUCAUUGCAUCUACAACGACCCACGAAGAGAGAAAUGUACUCGGAAAUCGCCAAGUUUUUUGACCCCUUGGGACUGGUGUCGCCGGUCAUCGUAGUAGCAAAACUCCUAGCGCAGAGAUUGUGGCUUCUCAAGACUGGAUGGGACGACCAAGUAGAUGAUGAUACCGCACAACAGUGGCAGGAGCUCCAGGAAUCACUAACGAAUCUCCACGACAUUGAAAUUCCAAGACGCGUCACGUGCGACAACGCCAUUGCUUACGAAUUGCACGGCUUCUCCGAUGCCUCCGACAAAGCGUAUGGAGCCUGCAUUUACAUGCGAAGUGUUUUAGCGGAUGGUUCGGCCAAGCUCAAUCUCCUGACCAGCAAGUCAAAACUGGCUCCACUGAAGGAUCUCUCCAUCCCACGGAAGGAAUUGUGCGCCGCACUUUUGCUUACCCGGUUGAUACAGAAAGUAGUGCCAGCAUUGGAUAUGGAAUUCCGGAGCAUUGUGUUGUGGUGCGAUAGCACAGUUGUUUUAGCGUGGAUCAAGAAACCCCUCAACCAACUACAGCUCUUUGUAAGGAAUCGGAUCGCUGUAAUUCAAGAGCAUACCAAUGCGUAUCAGUGGGAAUAUGUUCGAUCACAGCAUAAUCCAGCGGACAUCGUAUCCCGAGGUCAACUGGUCGGGCCUCUAAAGAACAAUAGCCUUUGGUGGAGCGGGCCCGAAUUCCUCCAUCGGGCAGAAUAUCACGUAGAUUCCCUUGAAGGUGUUCCAGAUGAGGAGCUUCCGGAGCUGAAGGCUCUGGCAGCAGCUCCUGAUGUGAGUAUGGACCUCCAUUCGCUCUUUCUCCGGUUCAGCAACUUCCGUAAAAUCCAACGAGUUGUGGGCUAUAUUUUGCGCUUUGCUGCUAACUGCCAGAAGAGGAACCUGGCGGAGCGUGAGCUGAAACUCCAUUUGACCGUCCGUGAACUUCGCCGAUCAACUGAAGCUAUCAUGUACGUUGUGCAGCGCACUCAUUACUCCGAUGAACUUAAGCGUGUUCUGUCAAACCAGCCCUGCAAGGGUCUUGGAAGUCUUCGGCCCAUUAUCAAUGACAGAUUACUCCGUGUAGGUGGUCGGUUGGACCGCUCACAAUUACCGUUCGAGAGCCGUCACCCAAUUAUUCUGCCGAAUAAGGAUCCGAUCGUACGCCUACUAAUUCAACAGAUGCACGUUGAGCUUCACCACGUCGGACAAAUUGGUCUGAUGAACGCAAUGAGGCAGCGAUACUGGCUGGUGAACGCUCGUUCCACGAUUCGGUUGGUUACACGGCGUUGUGUAAAAUGCUUCCGAACAAACCCAACAACUCCAAGUCAGCUGAUGGGAAACCUUCCAGUGUCACGAGUCGUGCCGUCACCUCCCUUCGCAGUAACCGGCGUGGAUUACGCCGGGCCUUUCUGGACCAAGCAAGGAACUCGACGCCCAACCUUGGUGAAAUCAUAUAUAGCGGUGUACGUAUGCAUGGCAACCAAGGCCGUCCAUUUGGAGUGUGUUACUGAUUUGACCACCGAUGCAUUCAUGGCUUCCCUUCGACGUUUCAUCGCUCGCCGGGGAAUGGUCCAUGAACUCCAUUCAGACAACGCUACCAAUUUUCGUGGCGCAAGCCACGAAUUGAACCAGCUGUACCAGCAGUUCCGUGAACAAAGGACUGUUGACACUAUCGAAUCGUUUUGCCGUAACCAUGAGAUCGAAUGGCAUUUCAUACCCCCAGACGCACCUGAGUUCGGCGGUCUGUGGGAGGCGGCCGUAAAGUCUGCCAAAACGCACCUCAAACGUGUCGUCGGUAAUAGCAGUUUGACUUUCGAGGAAUUUUGUACCGUGCUGGCUGAAAUUGAAGCUGUUUUAAACUCCCGGCCGUUGUUCGCCAUAUCCAAUGACCCUGCGGACCCUUUGGUGAUAACCCCGGCACAUUAUUUGAUUGGACGGCCGCUUAUCGCCCCAGCUGAACCAUCUCUGGAGAACGUCAAGGCAUCCCGCUUGUCAAGGUGGCAACACCUUCAACUCCUCCGCGAACAGUUUUGGCGUGCCUGGAGUCGUGACUAUUUAAAUACCUUGCAACCUCGAAGCAAAAAUCAGCAGGCAAGGCCCAACAUUCGUGAAGGUAUGAUUGUGCUGCUUCAGGAUCGGAAUCAACCCCCUCUUCACUGGAAACUAGGCCGCAUCGUGGCCGUCUAUCCAGGAACCGACGGUUUAGUCCGGGCAGUUGAUGUCUUUACUGAUGGAGUCAAGUAUCGUCGUCCGAUCAACAAGGUGUCUAUCCUGCCCAUCGAGGAUAACGAAGUUUCUCCAAAUACGUCUUCUUCAAUAAAUUGA